CAGCCUCCUCAGAACCAAGCUGCCUCUUGAUCAGGCGCGUGCAGGCCCUCAGAGGUGGAGGCAGGAGCGUGGAAUAAUCAUAAGACAUGAAUUUUAAUGUCUGGAAUAUCAAAGAUAUGCUCAGUAUUCCCUCAGGCUCUGGGGCCAAUAAGUCGUCUAACUGGAAUAACAAUCAGACUGAUUACUCCAGUCUCAGUGAUUCCCAGUUUCUUUUUGGAUCCCAGUUCUGUCCAGAAAGUUCACAGACCCUGUCAACACCCUUGGACUCUGAAGUCCACUUGAGACAUCCAAAACAGUCACAACAGAAUUUUCUGGAUAGUGAACCUAGUAUUUUCACAAAGUACCAAACAAAACCCCAGCUGCUUGGAGGAGAAACAAAAGAUGGAGGCUCGUUUCCUCUUCCUUUGUCUCUCGGAAAACCAAAAGGCCUCUUGGAACAGUUUGAGGAGAAAAAGAAAAGUGCAAAAGACAGAUGUGACAGUGAGACUUUAUACAACUUCAUUUCCCAUAUCAGAGAAAGCAUUCACAAGUUACAGACAUCAGUGGAAGAGUCUGAGGAACAUCUCAGUUCCAGAAGUCAGUCUAUUUUGGAUUCUUUGGAAACUGUGGCCAAGACAUGGCAGGAGACUGCAAAAGCUCAGAGUGGUCUGAUGUUGGAAAGAGUGCAGGACAAAGGCAAUGUGGAGCAGGCCAUCCUCGACUUGCAAAAGAGAUUCGAAGCUAGACAAGCAGAGUUUAUAGAAAUGAAGUCCAACCUGAAGCACCUUGAAGUUUUGGUUACCCAGCAGAGUAAGGACUUUCAGCAGCUGUGUGAGCAUCUGGGCGAGCUGAAUAUGCCCAGUGUUCUAGCACAGUUAAAGCAACUGACCUCCAUCGCUCUGACACCCAAACACGUAAAAGACAGUGCCUCUCAGACAUCACCACCCCUGGCGCAGAGCCUCAGUUUCACCAGGCAGGACAAACAUACCUCUGAGAAGCCAGUUAUGUGGCAGGCCCAGGCCCUCCCUGCUGCAUGCAGUCUUAGUGUGGGCUCCCCAAGGCCCAGGGAGUUUGUUGUCUGGGGUGAGGGAUCAAAGAGGGAUGCUCUCCAAGAAGAGGCUGUGCAGCCGGCAGUUGGAACUGGCAAAAGAAACAGGCAAAUCACGGACAGGGCAGUGCAGACUAGUUGCCAGAACUCUGUUACUAAAACAGGUUCUGAGAACUGUGGCUCUCCCUUCCUGGGUCACAAAGUUCCUGAAGCUAGGGACCCAGUUUCCCAAGGAGACUCACAGCUUAUAUCUCGAGGAUAUAAGGACUUAAACAACUCUGCAACCAGCAUUAAGAACACCAGCCAAAAACGGCAAGCUAAAGGCGUAUUUUCAUGUGACCCUUGUGAACAAAGGUUGGUGACCGAACAGAAAGGCAUAACUGUAGAAAGAGGGAAAAAAGGCAAGCAGCAGCAGCCCAGGAAAGCCCCCAGAAGAAGGUCCCUACGCAGGAAGCAAGAACAAAUGCCUAGCAAAACCUGUGUUUCUAAUUCUAAAUAUCCUAGGCCUCCAGUUUCCAGUUCACAAAGGUCCCCCCGGGGGCAGCAGGAAACUCUUGCUCAGCCCCUGCAAUCUGGGGGCCCUGGGAGCCCCACAGAUCUAGUUUGCUCUGCUCAGGGAGGAACAGUCAUGCCCAGUAAGACCACGAGGGCAGAGCAAGGGAACCUCAUGCAGCGCAGUGGGCAUUCCACCCAAGACAACAGCCUGCUGCCUCCCAGUUCCCAGGGGGACCACCGGAUGAGCUGGUUCAGUGACCUCAAUGACCUCAACCCCAGGACAGAGUCCCCUCAGUCCCAGGAGUCAGGGAAGAAUAUACUCUAUGACCUGGGUUUUGAUAGCAGCGAUGAUGGCUUCUGACCAGCCCAUGAUGACUUUGGCUGAUGGUUUUUGGUCUUGUUGGAAAGACAAAUCACAGAACAUUUGGGGUGGCUGAUGGCAGAGUUCUCAAAGCCUGUCUGAAACCUUCAGGGUCAGAGG